AUGGCUGCCCUGUCGUCCACGCGACCGAAGAAGCAAGGCAAGCCCUAGCCGCCACUCCCGAUUUGCUUCCCAGCCCUUGCGGCUCCUGCGAUUCGAUUUGGCGGGAAAUUGCUCGCGCUCUCGCUCGCGCCAUCGGUUCUUGAAUCGGAGGGAUUGGGAGCGGGGGGGAAGGUUUCUUGCUUUGCAGCCGAAUCUUGACUGGUCCAGUUUCGUGACUUACCUAGUGCCCAUUCUUCCCGUUUGAGAUUUAGAAGCAAGCUUUGGAUGAAAAGCAUCAUCUUUAGCUUCUUUGAUUUGUUGGGUGAAGGGGGCUCUCAAUUCUUUCGAGCCAUUGCUGCUCAUUCGAGAGCUAUCCUUUCACCGGUUGGAUUGGAGGAGCUAGUCCAUAAAUUUGUAUAGGAAUCUGAGGAAAGGGCGCUCUUUACGGUGCCCAUGGCUGUGCUGGAGGAUUUGAUCAGGGCGAUUGAGCUCUGGCUGCGGAUUGCUAAGGAGCAGGUACCCUUGGUGGAUCCAACCCUUGACCCGGUUCUGCUUGUCCCCGGCAUAGGCGGCUCGAUUCUUGAAGCCGUUGAUGAGGCCGGGAAGAAGGAGAGGGUGUGGGUGCGCAUCCUCGCUGCGGAUCAUGAGUUUCGAGCACAUCUCUGGUCCAAGUUUGAUGCUUCCACUGGGAAAACUGUCUCUGUCGAUGAGAAAACAAAUAUUGUUGUCCCUGAGGAUAGAUAUGGACUAUACGCUAUUGACACUCUGGACCCCGACAUGAUCAUUGGCGAUGAUAGUGUUUGCUACUAUCACGACAUGAUAGUGCAAAUGAUCAAAUGGGGAUACCAAGAGGGGAAAACAUUAUUUGGAUUUGGUUAUGAUUUCCGCCAGAGUAACAGGCUUUCAGAAACACUUGAUAGAUUUUCCAGAAAGUUGGAGUCAGUUUACAUAGCUUCCGGAGAAAAAAAGAUCAAUCUCAUUACUCAUUCAAUGGGAGGAUUGCUUGUCAAAUGCUUCAUGUCCCUCCAUAGUGAUGUCUUCGAGAAAUACAUAAAGAGUUGGAUUGCAAUUGCUGCACCAUUUCAAGGUGCACCUGGGUACAUAACUACUAGUCUGCUGAAUGGUAUGUCUUUUGUCGAAGGAUGGGAGUCAAGAUUCUUUAUUUCCAAGUGGAGUAUGCAGCAAUUGUUGCUCGAAUGCCCAUCAAUUUACGAAUUGUUGGCUAACUCGACCUUCCAAUGGGAAGAUACUCCAUAUCUGCAGAUCUGGAGACAGAAAUUGGAUACUAAUGGCAAGAAAAGUGCCAUGUUAGAGUCAUAUGAGCCAGAUGAAGCAAUAAAAAUGAUUAGAGAAGCUCUUUCCAAGCAUGAGAUCAUUUCUGAUGGUAUGCACAUUCCAUUGCCCCUUGAUAUGGAUAUAUUGAGAUGGGCAAAAGAGACACAGGAUGUUUUGUGCAAUGCAAAGCUUCCAAAAUCAGUGAAGUUCUACAAUAUUUACGGAACUGAUUAUGACACUGCCCAUACCGUUCGCUACGGGAGUGAACACCAUCCAAUUUCAAAUCUCAGUGACCUCUUGUAUACUCAGGGCAACUACAUCUGUGUUGAUGGUGAUGGAUCUGUCCCUGUAGAAUCAGCAAAGGCAGAUGGCCUCGAUGCAGUGGCAAGAGUUGGGGUUGCUGCAGACCACCGAGGAAUCGUCUGUGAUCGUCACGUGUUCCGGAUAAUUCAGCACUGGCUCCAUGCCGGUGAGCCUGACCCAUUCUACGAUCCCCUCAACGACUACGUCAUACUCCCAACAGCCUUCGAGAUCGAGAAGUACCACGAGAAACACGGGGAUAUCACAUCGGUUAGAGAGGACUGGGAGAUCAUCUCCCAUCGCGAUGACGAAAGCAAGAGGCCAGCCGAGCUUCCUCCUAUGUUCAACACGCUAUCGGCGUCCCGCGAGGGUGAAGACGGCUCGCUGGAAGAGGCGCAGGCGACGAUCUUUGUUCAUCCAGAGAGCAAAGGGAGGCAGCAUGUGGAAGUUAGGGCAGUUGGAGUCACCCAUGACGGCUAGUCAAGCCAGUCAUACGAAAACACACGGUUGUCAACUAGCUAGUCUGCACACUCCAAAGCAAAGUGGACAAUGUAAAUAUAAGACGUCCCUAGCUAUGAACUACGUGUAAUUUUGCUGCCUUGUAAAUACCAGAACUGAAAAUAUACUGCCACUGGAUGAUGAUACGAAUAGAAAGGAGAAAGAAAAGGAUGAACUUGAUAUGUUAAAAUUGUAUCAGGUGCUUGAAAUGUUGUUACUGGAAACUGAUCAUCCUGACUCGGUUGAUCAAGCGAUGAGACCUCCGAGUUAUCAUUGUCUUAUGCAUCUUUCUAGUCCUUGUUUAAUUCAUCUUAAGCUUGUUGGCUAUGUCAAAUCUUUGUUUGGGCAUUGCAGUUUCUUGCUGCGCUCGUCAUCUCUUAAGCAAAAAGGUCAAAUUUGUUGCAAAUAGUCUGCAGUACUUCGCCGUUUUUUCCAAUGGACAGGAAUGUGUCCUGAUAUUUGGCAUCCUUGUCCGUGCCGUGCAUUGAUUUUUGAGGUUGCAAUUUUCAUUGACAAACAUACAGUAGAAUUAAUCCAAUCAAUAAAAAUUAGUGUGAUUCAUAAUCAUUAAUCCGAUCAAUAAAAUUUAGGGUGAUUCGUAUAGUACUAAAAUCGAAAUCAUUGAUAAACAGAAGUGUCCCAGAUUACGAUGAAUGAUACAAAAUGGAUCCACUUUUGAAUUUGACAACACAUGAAAUCCAAAUGAUCCAAGAACAGUAACUACAUAAUACUAGAUGCACACAUCUCACCACAUACUUAAAAAAUCUCGAUCAUGACACAGCACAAAUGAUGUGAAAAGACGAUCACAAGCUGCUCUAUAAGUAGAGUAUCACAUCAUCCUUGAUGCCAUCUUCUCAUCAGAAGCACAUGUCGAGCAGGCAGCAGCAGCAGAGAGCAGCACAACUGCAAAAAAAAUCACAUCGACAGAGACAGAAGCUUUAGAGGCAAGAACACUCACAAUUAUCCUGAUAAAAAAUGGAUCGAUGUUUUGAUCUUCUCUUUUGGUGUGUGGUUUCUUUCUUAAUUACCAUCCUUUCAAGAAGCCGUCGCCGCGGCUCUGCGAGUCCUGCGGCGGCGGCGGCG